AUGUCUUUAGUAUUGAGCUCAUUUCGGGACACAUUCUAUGCUGUCACUUCUUGUUGCUUUCCAAACCCAACACUUCAUAUUAAUCGCCGAACUUUCAAGGUGAUAAAAUUGCUUGGUGAAGGGGGGUUCUCCUUUGUUUACCUGGUGCAGGAUGCUAGUACUGGCCGACAAUAUGCUUUGAAAAAGAUUCGUUGUCCUUUCGGUAGCGAUUCUGUGAAGAAUGCUAUGAAAGAAGCUGAUAUGUAUAAACUAUUUUCGCAUGAAAACAUCAUCAAAGUCAUUGAUACUUGUAUUAUUCAAGAUAAAGAUGGUGGCAAAAUUGUAUAUAUUUUUUUACCAUAUUAUAAGAACGGAAACCUUCAAGAUGUCAUCGACAAUAAUUUGGUGCAAGAUAAACAUUUUAGCGAGAGAGAAAUGUUGAAAAUUUUUCGAGGCAUUUGUUAUGCUGUUAGAACCCUUCAUACUUAUAGGUUUCCUAGCGUUCCUUUAAGAUCAGAGACUAAUGUCAUGGAAAAUGAAAUUAAUAAUGGUUCAAUAACAUCGCAAUCUAACGAACCGAAUGAGGAUGAUAUUGUACCGUUUGCUCAUAGAGAUAUUAAACCUGGUAAUGUUUUGCUGUCUGAUGAUAUGCAAACGCCUGUAUUGAUGGAUUUUGGAUCUUUAAUUCGAGCACGAAUAAAGAUUCAAACUCGUAAUCAAGCUUUAUUGCAACAAGAUUUAGCAGCAGAACAUUCUACUAUGCCAUAUCGAGCGCCAGAAUUGUUUGAUGUAAAGACUAAUGUUGCACUUGAUGAAAAGGUUGAUAUCUGGUCAUUGGGAUGUACUUUGUAUGCAAUGGCUUACGGAAAAUCACCAUUUGAGAAUAGUAUGAACGAACAAGGUGGAUCAAUAGCUUUAGCUGUACUCAACGCUCAAGUCCGAUUUCCUUCCGUCGAGCAAGACAAAUAUUCUCCAGAAUUUAGGGAUUUAAUUAGUGAUAUGUUAAUAGUAGAUCCCAAAGAUCGGCCAAAUAUUCAUCAUGUAAUCUCUAAGGUUGACGCGCAAUUAGAACAGUUAGGUUCUUAA